AUGUCAACAUCUAUCUCAUUAAACAAUGGUUAUACUCUUGGCGUUAUUGCCACCGGGACAAUGGGAACUGCCGUUUUGAACGCAAUUGUCAACGGUAUUAAUCAAAAUGAGACAACUAGCCCCAUUCCUUCUAGAUUUUUUGCCACGGUUAAUAGCCAAAAGUCUGUUGAUCGCUUAAUUGAUCAAUUCGGUAACAAAGUUGAAGUAACGAUCGGAAAAAAUGCUGAAGUUGUUGAGAAGUCUGAUGUAAUAAUCUUAGCCUGCAAGCCUUUUAUGACAGAAAAUAUUUUGCAUGAAAUUCCAAACAAAUUUUUCAAGGGGAAAAUACUGAUUAGUCUUCUUGCUGGAAAAACGAUUGCUCAGAUCACAGAUAUGACAGGUGGAAAUGCGUUAGUCGUUCGUGCUAUGACAAACACGCCUAGUAAACUAGGUGCUGGAAUGACCGUUAUUUCUUAUCCUACUAAAACAGAUAUAUCCUAUACGAACAAAGUUUGCGAUUCGAUAUCAUGGAUUUUUAAUCAAACAGGACGCAGUAUUUCAAUGGAUGAAAAGUAUAUGGAUGUUGCUACUGCUCUCUGUGGAAGUGGUCCAGCGUUUUGCUUUUUAAUGAUUGAAGCCCUUAGUGAUGGGGCUGUGAAAAUGGGAAUGCCUUAUCCAAUUGCUCAAGAGUGUGCUGCUCAAGUUCUUCAUGGCGCUUCUCAAAUGGUGCUGGAAGGUUCUCAUCCGGCAGUUUUGCGUAACGCAGUCUGCACACCUGGAGGAACCACUAUUGGCGGUUUAAUGAUAUUAGAAGAUGGUAAGGUUCGUAGCUCUGUAGCUAAUGCUGUUGUUGAAGCUACAAACAUUGCCACAAGCCUUUCUAAAAAAUAA